GCUCUUUGAGAACACAUUUUUUUUUCCAGUAUUGUAUCUUAGCCCCCGAACGGCCGCCUCAUACGCCCACCCCGUUGGUUCCGACGCAAAUCUCCAGCAACACAUCUGUCUCCGCCUCAAGGUUCGGCUUCUUUUCACUCUCGUACCCUUUUGUUUUACAUGUUUAAAUUCUCUCUAAAGUAAUUACAAAAGCAAAGAAAACAAGAAGGAACAAAGCUUUCCACACACUCGCAUUCAGCAGUAUUUACUUCUAUCUAUCCGUACAUUGUACAGCGUCGACCACCAUGAGCUCCACUGCCGCGCCACGACCAAGAGACGAGCCUUCCGCCACAACAGCCACCACCAGCACGGCUGCUCCUGCCGGCUCGUCUUCUUCAAACCCACCGCCGUCUCUGACCUCCCCAUCUUACACCUUUUCCGCUGAGGCGGCACCUUUCGUUCCGUCCUUCAUGCGCGCUGCACCGGCGGCCGGGCUCGACUCCGCCUCCCUGCCUCCGUCGCAGCAAACGACGAGCGCACGAGGAAGCGUUCCUGAUGAAGAGGAGGGAGGCGGCGAGGUAGACGGCGGCGAGGAAAACUUCCGACAACACUUUUCGAAGAUGUGGAUGCUGUGUCUAGAGAAGAUGCAGGGGCAGGAGGUGGGCAUGCUGAUGGACAUGAUGCCGCUCGACAUUCAAGACUUGUACUUUGACAAGCUCAGCGAUGAGUACCUGCAUCAUGAUCACGAGCACAAAGAUAAAGGCGUGCACGCGUUCUGCGCGGCGCAGAAGAUGGUGAAGGAGCUCUCGCCGGAGCAGCUCGUUCACAUUGAGGAGUUUUUGGUCGAGACGGACGCGCUCAAUCCAGCGGCGAAGCGGAAGCGUGGUAGCGCACAUGUGCCGCACCGCGGAUUUGGCGAUGACGGCGACGUCUGCGACGGCGACGACGACGAGGAGAAUUUGUUUAUGAACGAGGAUGAAGGCAUGGGCCUCGAGGAGGAGGAGUGGCUGCUGGAGCAGAUGAUGACGGCUGCCGGCCACGGUGAUGAGGUGGCUGCCGUGAAGAAGCGCAAGUGA